AAACGAUCAAGAUUACCCUCACCAACAUGGCUGAUGGACGGAACACUUGUUUUGAAUAGUGAUUUACUGCUAUAGUUCACCUUUAAAAGAAUGAAUAUGUCUUGACUAGACCAUCACAGUGUCUUGUGGUAGUGCAUCACAAUGGGUAACAAGCACAGCUGUUGUGUAUACCCUGGAGGGCGGGGGUCUGGCCGCUCUUCUUCCAGUCAAAAGGGAGCCGGUGGAGGGUCGGGGGAGGCCAACCAUGAGGAUGUGUCCGAGGAGCACAUGUGUAACUUACAACACAUCAGUGAGAGAGAGCCUGAUGAUCUGGACCAGGACCCCAGCCUUCAUCCCUCAGCUGGUCCACUCUUCCUCUCAAAGUCUAAACAAGUUAUAGAAAAUGGACUAGUCAGAAGAAGAAGUAGAAGUCAUUUAGACGACGGGAGGACACUGAAGAAGUCGUCGUCGUGUUCAACCAUAUACUUAGAUGAUUCUACCGUCUCUCAGCCUAAUCUGAAAAACACCAUUAAAUGUGUAGCUCUUGCAAUAUAUUACCAUAUCAGAAAUCGAGCUGAUAACCGAAUAUUGGAUAUUUUUGACGAGAAACUUCAUCCUCUAACC